CCUCCUCUAAUAGUAGUAAUUUUGUGUUUUGCAUUUAACCGUGUCCCGACCAGUAAGCAACAUGGCUGAAGGCAUUGAAGCGAUGGGUGAUGGACCCAAGCUGUCUGCACUGUUUGAAGAGAUCUGGGAUGUUUAUCAGUUUAUAGAAAACUGUCAAGAGCCUUUAGCUUCAGACGGUGUUCAGGGAAGACUACGUAUUGGAAUUCAGAAGGUUGAACUUGCCAUAAGAAUGGUUAAUGAACUGGAACUUUUUAGUAAGAAUGAAGAUUUGGAAGAAGUUGCCACCAAUGAAAUAAAAUAUAUGAUACUGCCAGCUCUACUGGGCUAUCUGAUCAAUCAAAAAACACAAGAAGAACGAAUUAACAUUGUCCACAAAGUCAAGAUUUUUUUCAACGACUACCUGAAGCUGAUUAAGAGCUAUAAAGUUGUAGAUGUGAAGAUUCCGGAAACGUCAGAAUCAAACGGAGAUGUAGCACCUCCUGGUCCAUCAUCCGGUGCGAUGAAUCUAAUCAAAAUGGCUGGCAAUCGGCAGGCGAAGAUUAAGGAGUUCAUGGAGCGGAAAGAGAUGGAGAGAAGGCUGAAUGAACUGCGGGAGCAUGUGGAGCAAGAGCAUAUGGACGAAGACCUCAAGAGAGACUAUUAUACGACACUGCUGAAGAAGUGGGUGAUCAUCGCACGCGAGGAGCUUGAUGCCGUUUCAUAUGAAAUUCCAAUUUUAGAACAUCGAGAGAAGUUAAAGCAAGAGAACAAAGAUGCGACUCCCACAGCAUCCGACCAAGAAGUGAAAACUAAAAAACAGGGUUUCCGUCCAUUUAUCCUGACAAAGAGUAUGCUACAGAAGGAAGUGUUUGGCCUUGGCUACCCAAGCCUUCCGACAUACACGUUGGAUGAGUUCUUCGAUCAGAAGGUCAAGGACGGCACAUUCAAAGUAUCCAAGUCUGAUCAGGGGCCAAUGAGUCUACAGGAGCGAACCAGCAAUCCAGAACAAGCUGCCAAAGAGGAUGAAGAAUAUGAUGCAGAAAAGGAGAGAAAGAUUGAAGAAGAUGACGAGGAUGAAUUAAAGAAAGCAAGAGAAAUGGAUGAAUAUAAAGAUGACCAUCGGCGUGGUUGGGGAAACAGAAUGAACAGGCUUUGAGAAGAACUACAUCGAGAAAUAUCAUUCUAUUGAGGGCUCCGGCUGUUGUUCAUAACUGUUGCCAUUUGCUGACCAACUAGCGAACAUGGCUAUUAUCUAGUCGAUGUGGCAAGAAAAAAUUUCAAAUUGGAUAUUAAAUGACCUUUGGGUUAGAACCCUGUGAACAUUAACAUUGAUAUUAUGAUGAUGGCUUCAAGUUGGGUGUAAAGCAUCAUUAUGUUAUAGGGUCUUAUUUUAUCAGUCCGUUACUGGUUGGAAAAUUACCCGUCCAACCUGAGGGGACUUCAGGUUUCAUCUCUAUCCGUCUGUCUGUCCAUUCAUCUGUCUGUCUGUCCAUUCAUCUGUCUGUCUGUCCAUCCAUCCAUCUGUCUGUCUUUCCGUCUCUGUCCCACAUAAGAUUUCCAUAUGUUUAUGUUCACACUGAAAUUUUGUGUGUAGCUUUAUGAAGUAAAGUUAUGAAUCAA